AUACCGAUACAAUAUCGCCCAUUGCUAAUCGGUGGUAUCGCAACGUCCCUAAACUCAUUCAAAACAGAAGGACGCUUCCCAAUCCGAAAAAAAAUAUUGCUUUUGCUUGUAAAUUAGCGCCGUUCAAUAUUUUUUCAUCAAAUUUUAUCCAAAACCAAUAAACAGACAUGAGCGCAAUGGGUGAGGAAUUUGAAGAGGAAGGAUGGAUGAACCGUGGUAAUCAACACGGCGAGGACGAUACCGAUGGUCCCGAGGAGCCGCUGGAAAAUCCCCAAGAAGUCCUAAACGAAUGUCUAGGAAAAUUUGCCACCUCCGAUUAUAUUAUGGAACCGGGUAUUUUCGCCCAACUAAAGCGAUAUUUUCAAGCAGGUGGAACGCCAGAACAGGUCAUCAAUCAACUAUCGGCAAACUACACAGCAGUGGCUCAGAUGGCAAAUCUGCUAGCUGAAUGGCUUAUAUUGGCCGGAGUGCGAGUGACUGACGUGCAAGCCAUGGUCGAAAACCACCUCAAGGAUAUGAUCCUCAAAACGUUCGAUCCCAAAAAGGCUGAUAAGAUUUUCACUGAGGAAGGCGAGACGCCAGCUUGGUUGACGGAGAUGAUUGAGCACCACACUUGGCGGUCGCUGAUCUAUCGUUUAGCGGAGGAAUACCCGGAUUGUCUAAUGUUGAACUUCACUAUCAAACUGAUCUCGGAUGCCGGCUUCCAGAGCGAAAUCACCUCAAUCUCAACCGCUGCUCAGCAGAUUGAGGUGUUUUCUAGGGUACUGAAAACAUCGAUUGCUAAAUUUUUGAACCACCCGGACGAUUGGCAGUCCGCCAUCCAUGAGUGUGCAAAAAUGGUUUGUCAUGGCCAGCACACGUACGUUUACAGUCAGGUGUUGAUUCAAGUUCUUUCCCAAGAACCCAAGGGUGGUUUUAUCAUGAAGCGGCUUGCCCAGGAGAUAACAAAAUAUGCACUGAAAAAUAAUCAUAAUGUAACUCCUAUCACGAUGGCUUUGAAUGGGUCUGCCCGGCAUCCCCAGGCUUGUGAAGCCCUAACGUCGAUGCUCACCAGGAAUGCGCUCAAUCCGGCGGACAUUACGGUGUUGUACCGUAAUUACUCUUCGCCAGAGCCGCCGCCAAUAGAUUUGAUUAGAAAUCCGCAAUUUCUGGAUCUUUUGGUAGACUCACUUUUUAAAGUAGGUGUGAAGAUCAACCAGGAGCACAAAUCAAAGUACAUUUAUCUACUAGCGUAUGCGGCUAGCGUUUGUGAAACGGUGGGUAAAAAAAGUCAACCGAAGAGCCAGCGCACUACGAACAAGGACGAACUAAAACCGACUAUUCAGGCUAUCGAAAAAGUUCACGCCAUUUGCAAUGUAAACCGUGGUUCUACUGAGCUCAUUGCGGACAUCUCUACAUUGUAUAACUGCAUUCGUUUCCCGGUAGUCGGGGUUGGCGUAAUCCGAUGGGUGGAGAACACCGUUACUGAACCAUCAUAUUUUAAACUUUGCACUGAAAGUUGUCCUCUCCACUUGGCUCUGUUGGACGAAGUUGCAUAUGUACAUUCAUCGCUUCACGAUCAGAUACUGAGGUUACUGAUACAACUAUUCGAGUCUAAACAGGACGAACUAGAAAUCUUGGUACAGCUUGAAAUGAAGAAAAUGUUGCUCGACCGAAUGGUGAACCUGUUGGCCCGUGGUUGUGUCGUGCCGGUUGUCAAAUACAUCCGACAAUGUUGCACACGCGGUGACACCGAUAUUUCGUUGAUCAGAUACUUUGUCACCGAAGUGUUGGAAACUAUUACCCAUCCCUACUCGCCAGAGUUUGUACAGCUGUUUUUGCCGAUGGUAGAAAACGAGGAAAUUACCGGCUCGAUGCGAGGCGAAGGCGAUAACGAUCCGGUGUCGGAGUUCAUUGUUCACUGCAAGGCUCACUAUACGACGAUUUAGACCCAAAAAAAUGGUAAUUAAAUGUACGAAAAGAA